AUAAUUUCGAAAACUCUUGCUGGUGUCGGACGUGUUUUUUUCGCUCCCCAUUUUGGCCAAUGUGUGUGCGCGUGCGAGUAUGUGUGCUGCUUGCAGUUCAAAAGGGCAGCAACAACAACAACACACCUCUCUUUUAAGCCAACUUUUCGGUUCGCGCGUGUGUGUGUGAUUUAGAAUUGAGGCCUGGGAAGAAAUAGCAAAUUAGUUGGCUCAAAGAGGAAUCUCUGUGCUCAAUAUUCAAAUUCAGGCUAGAAAGUGUCGCGUGCGAAAGUGUGCAAAUAAUACAACUAGCAAAAAGAAAUAAAACUUAAAAAAAAACCUGUUCUAAGCCAAGUGCCGCUUGCGUUUGUGUGUGAGUGUGUGGAGCAGAAAGAAAAGAAGAGAGAGAGAGAAGGGAGAAUGCAAUUAACAACAACAAGCUCAAUGAGUAUCAUCUGAAUAGAAAAAAUAUAGCCAAAAGCAAGCCAAACGAAACCCUUUCCAAUACGAAAACACGGCUUGAGCCAACAAAUCAACGAUCAUGGCUAUAAUAGCGAAUGCGUCACCGACACAGCAACAAAAACAGCGGCCAGCAGCAACAACAAGAACAACAACCACAGCAGCUACAGCGGCGUCAGCAGAAACAACAACAACAGCGAGAAGUCGAGACCGCACGAAAAGCGCAGCUCAAAUUACGUCGCAUUUGCUCAAGCGCGCCAUUUCAGUUUUUUCGUCGCCUCAAUGGAUACCGCUCUUCAUACUUAUUUACUUAGCAACAGAUGUCGCCUCUGUGGCGGUGCCGACGAAGGAGGCGUACUUUAAUGGCUCCACUUACCUCCGCCUGACCACGCCGAUGCCCAUUUGGGACCACUCGGCGAUUAGUUUCCGGUCGUGCCGCGGCGGCGAGAUCCUCGCCCAGCAGUACAACAAGAACUCCAUCGUAAUCUCAGUGCUCAACGACUUUCUGCAAAUAUCGUUGGCGGGACCGGCGGUCCAUGGACCGAACAAUCGUCUGGAUGUCAAGUUGCCCUUCCAACUGCUGGACAAUCGCUGGCAUACACUGCAAUUCAAGUACGAGUACGGCAAUCUCUAUUUGCAUGUGGAUCGUGCGGCAAGCAUAUUUGCUAAUUCCACGUACAACAGUCAGUUCCUGACGAACCAGGACAUUGGCUACAAGGAUGCCAUCUUGAUCCUGGGCAACUCCUUCUCCGGCUGCCUCCUCGAUGGACCUGGUCUGCAGUUCGUGAACAACUCCACGGUGCAGAAUGUGGUCUUCGGGGUUUGUCCACUGACUCCCGGUCCCUGCAGCGAUCACGAUCUGUUCACCCGCCUGCCGGACAACUUCUGUCUCACUGAUCCUUGCAUGGGCCAUGGCACCUGCUCCUCCGGACCUGAGGGAUACGUGUGCAGAUGCACUGCGCGAUAUUCGGGAAAGAACUGUCAGCAGGACAAUGGUUCGCCGUGUGCGAAGAAUCCCUGCGAGAACGGAGGCUCCUGCUCGGAGAACUCCCGCGGGGAUUACCAGUGCUUCUGCGAUGCCAACCACAGUGGCGACCACUGCGAAACGGAGGUGAACAUCCACCCGCUCUGCCAAACGAAUCCCUGCCUGAACAAUGGAGCGUGUGUCGUGCUCGGCGGCAGUGGAGCGAUCGCCUGCGAGUGUCCCAAGGGAUAUGCGGGUGCCAGGUGCGAGGUGGACACCGACGAGUGUGCCUCGCAGCCGUGCCAGAACAACGGGAGCUGCAUCGAUCGGAUCAAUGGAUUUAGCUGCGAUUGCAGUGGAACCGGAUACACGGGAGCCUUCUGCCAGACGAACGUGGAUGAGUGCGACAAGAAUCCCUGCCUGAAUGGCGGCAGGUGCUUCGAUACCUACGGAUGGUACACCUGCCAGUGUCUGGAUGGCUGGGGUGGCGAGAUCUGUGAUCGUCCGAUGACCUGCCAAACGCAGCAGUGCUUGAAUGGCGGCACCUGCCUGGACAAACCCAUCGGGUUCCAGUGCCUCUGUCCGCCGGAAUUCACCGGUGAACUGUGCCAAAUUGCACCCAGUUGUGCCCAGCAAUGUCCCAUCGAUUCGGAGUGCGUGGCCGGCAAGUGCGUGUGUAAGCCAGGAUCCUCGGGCCCCAUUGGUCACUGCCUGCCGACAACAACCACACCGACACCAGAACAAGAGCCAACAACAGCCACAACAACAACAACAACUCCAACGACAACGAUAACGACCAGAACCACAGCAAUCCCUAACCCAGCUAGUCAAAAUACCCUAACAACAACAAAGUUACCUACAAUAACAACAACAACAACAACAAGCAGAACGGCGGCGGUGGCAAGUAGCAAAAAACCUGUGCAACAAUCGGCGACCCAACGCUCGGCCUCCCUGAAUGCAUGUCCCCAAGAAAACUGCCUAAACGGUGGCACCUGUCUGGGCUUUAGUGGCAAUUAUACCUGUAGUUGUGCUAGUGGAUACACAGGUUACAACUGUCAAACGAGCACGGGCGAUGGAGCAGCUGCUUUGGCUUUGACCCCCAUCAAUUGUAAUGCCACCAAUGGAAAGUGCUUGAAUGGAGGCACUUGCUCCAUGAACGGAACCCACUGCUAUUGUGCCCUGGGCUUUUCCGGAGAUCGUUGCGAGAAGGCCGAGAACUGCACGCCACUCAACUGCCAGGAGCCGAUGGUCUGUGUCCAGAAUCAGUGCAUCUGUCCGGAGAACAAGGUGUGCAACCAGUGCGCCACUCAACCGUGUCAGAAUGGCGGCGAGUGCGUUGACCUUCCCAACGGGGACUACGAGUGCAAGUGCACCCGCGGAUGGACCGGCAGGACUUGUGGCAACGACGUGGAUGAGUGCACCGUUCACCCGAAGAUCUGCGGCAAUGGAAUCUGCAAGAACGAGAAGGGAUCGUACAAGUGCUACUGCACUCCGGGAUUCACGGGAAUGCACUGCGAUUCCGAUGUGGACGAGUGCCUCAGCUUUCCCUGCCUCAAUGGAGCCACGUGCCACAACAAGAUCAAUGCCUACGAAUGCGUUUGCCAGCCGGGUUAUCAGGGCGACAACUGCGAAGUGGACAUCGACGAGUGCUUCAGCAAUCCCUGCUCGAACGGAUCCACCUGCAUCGACAGGAUCAACAACUUCACCUGCAACUGCAUCCCAGGAAUGACGGGUCGCAUCUGCGACAUCGACAUCGAUGACUGCGUGGGAGAUCCCUGCUUGAAUGGAGGUCAGUGCAUCGACCAGUUGGGUGGAUUCCGCUGCGAUUGCAGUGACACUGGAUACGAGGGCGAGAACUGUGAACUGAACAUCGAUGAAUGCAUCUCGAAUCCCUGCACGAAUGGCGCCAAGUGUGUGGAUCAGGUGAAGGAUUACUUGUGCGAGUGUCAUACGGGUUACAAGGGAAAGAACUGCGAACAGGACAUCAACGAGUGCGAGAGUAAUCCUUGCCAGUACAACAGCAACUGUCUCGAACUUUCAAACCUGACUUUGUAUCAAAUGAGCAGGGUUACUGAUCUGCCCGAAGUGUUUAGCCAACCAUUUAGCUUCGAGAACGCCAGCGGAUACGUCUGCGUUUGCGUUCCUGGAAUCAUUGGCAAAAACUGUGAGAUCAACAUCAACGAAUGUGAUAGCAAUCCAUGUAGUAAACACGGAAGUUGUAACGAUGGAAUUGGCACGUACACCUGCGAAUGCGAACCUGGUUUCGAGGGCACCCACUGCGAGAUCAACAUAGAUGAAUGCGAUCGCUAUAAUCCUUGUCAGAGAGGCACUUGCUAUGACCAGAUCGAUGACUACGAUUGCGACUGCGAUGCGAACUAUGGAGGGAAAAACUGUUCCGUGCUCCUCAAGGGUUGUGACGAAAAUCCGUGUUUAAAUGGCGGCACCUGCCUGCCGUACUUGAUCAACGAGGUAACCCAUCUCUACAAUUGCACCUGUGAAAAUGGUUUCCAAGGCGACAAAUGCGAGAAGACUACCACCUUAUCCAUGGUGGCCACCAGCUUGAUUUCGGUUACCACGGAACGCGAGGAGGGCUACGACAUCAAUCUGCAAUUCCGAACUACUCUGCCGAAUGGAGUACUGGCCUUUGGAACCACUGGCGAGAAGAAUGAACCGGUUAGCUAUAUCCUAGAGCUGAUAAACGGACGCCUGAAUCUGCACUCAUCGCUACUGAACAAAUGGGAAGGCGUAUUCAUUGGUUCCAAACUGAACGACAGCAACUGGCACAAAGUAUUCGUGGCCAUAAACACAUCGCAUUUAGUGCUUUCGGCCAACGAUGAGCAGGCCAUCUUCCCGGUGGGAUCAUACGAAACAGCCAACAACAGUCAGCCCUCGUUCCCGCGAACUUACCUCGGCGGCACCAUUCCCAAUCUGAAGUCCUAUCUGCGCCAUCUCACCCAUCAGCCUUCCGCUUUUGUUGGUUGCAUGCAGGACAUCAUGGUCAACGGGAAAUGGAUCUUCCCCGACGAGCAGAGUGCAAAUGUUUCGUAUACGAAGUUGGAGAAUGUCCAAAGUGGAUGUCCACGCACCGAGCAAUGUAAACCGAAUCCUUGUCACUCGAAUGGCGAGUGUACGGAUCUGUGGCAUACUUUUGCUUGCCAUUGUCCCAGACCCUUCUUUGGACACACCUGUCAGCAUAAUAUGACUGCUGCCACUUUCGGCCAUGAGAACACCACCCACUCGGCUGUCAUUGUGGAGACAACGGAUGUGGCCAGGCGGGCCAUUCGAUCUAUUCUGGACAUUUCCAUGUUCAUCCGAACUCGUGAGCCCACUGGUCAAGUUUUCUAUUUGGGCACCGAUCCUCGAAAGGCUCCCACUAAAAAUGUUGGCGACUCGUAUGUGGCAGCCAAGCUGCAUGGUGGCGAGCUGCUGGUGAAAAUGCAGUUCAGCGGCACCCCGGAGGCGUACACCGUCGGUGGCCAAAAGCUGGACAACGGGUACAACCACCUGAUCGAGGUGGUGCGCAACCAGACGCUCGUGCAGGUCAAGCUCAAUGGCACCGAGUACUUCCGCAAGACGCUGUCGACGACGGGUCUGCUGGACGCACAGGUGCUCUACUUGGGCGGACCUGCACCCACGCGGGAGUCCCUUCUGGGAGCCACCACGGAACCGGGUCCGGUGCCAGUACCCGGGGCGGGAGUAGUGCCCAUCGAGGACACGACGGUGCCCAAGGAGGCGGACGACAGCAGAGACUACUUCAAGGGCAUCAUUCAGGACGUGAAAGUGAGCAACGGCUCGCUCAAUCUGAUUGUGGAGAUGUAUUCGCUGAAUGUGACGGACGUCCAGGUGAAUGCCAAACCCCUGGGCGUCGUGACCAUCGAUCGUGCCUCCGUGCUGCCCGGUGAGGUGUCAGAUGAUCUGUGCCGCAAGAAUCCCUGCCUGCACAAUGCAGAGUGCCGGAACACAUGGAACGAUUACAUUUGCAAUUGCCCCAAUGGCUACAAGGGCAAGGAUUGCCAGGAGAUCGAGUUCUGCCAGCAUGUCACGUGCCCCGGCAAGAGCAUAUGCCAAAAUCUGGACGCGGGAUACGAGUGCAUGACCAACACCACGUUCACGGGUCAGGAGCGCUCGCCGCUGGCCUUCUUCUACAUCCAGGAGCCCGCAUCCGAGGACACUGUGGGUGAACCUGCUCCCAAGCAGGUCCUAAAACCGGUCAUCGAUAUAGCUUUCCGCACUCGUGCCGGUGGAACUCUCCUGUACAUCGACAAUGUGGACGGAUUCUUUGAGAUUGGCGUGAACGGUGGCAGAGUCACGAUCACCUGGAAGCUAAGUGCACUGCACUUUGGGGAAUCCGCUCGCUUCGAGAAGGAAAACACGGAUGGAGAGUGGAGUCGGAUUUAUCUGAGAGCACACAAUGGCAAACUGGAGGGCGGCUGGAAGGGCUGGGAAUCGAUGGUGGAUCCGGCGCCGGCCUUCUCCACGGACAUUGACCAAGCGGUGUUCCAGUCCCUGAUCGCCACCAGUACGCAGGUGUAUCUGGGUGGUAUGCCGGAAUCUCGGCUAGCACGCGGAUCCACUCUGUCCGCCCAGCAGGGAUCCCAGUUCAAGGGCUGUGUGGGCGAGGCGCGAGUAGGUGAUCUCCUGCUGCCGUACUUCACCAAUGCGGAGCUGUAUCCGCCCACCGAAAACGUUUCCGUGCAUUUGCUGGCCCAGUUCCGUUUGAACACAACGCGUCCGGAGGAGGGAUGCAUCCUGUGCUUCCAGUCGGACUGCAAGAAUGAUGGCUUCUGCCAGGCGCCGUCGGAUGAGUACGCCUGCACCUGCCAGGCAGGAUUCGAGGGCGACGACUGCGGCACGGACAUCGAUGAGUGCCUGAAUACGGAGUGCCUGAACAAUGGUACCUGCAUCAACCAGGUGGCCGCCUUCUACUGCCAAUGCCUGCCGGGAUUCGAGGGUCAGCACUGCGAGCAGAACAUCGACGAGUGUGCGGAUCAGCCGUGCCACAAUGGAGGCAACUGCACGGAUCUGAUUGCGGCGUAUCUGUGCGAUUGUCCGGAGGACUACACGGGUCCGCAGUGUGAUCAGCUCAAGCAGAUGACCUGCGAAAACGAACCCUGCCGCAAUGGAUCCACCUGCCAGAAUGGAUUUAAUGCCUCAACUGGCAAUAAUUUCACCUGCACCUGCGUGCCGGGUUUCGAGGGUCCUUUGUGCGAUAUUCCCUUCUGUGAACUGACGCCGUGUGACAAUGGAGGACUCUGCUUGACCACUGGACUGACUCCCAUGUGCAAGUGCAGUUUGGGUUACACGGGUCGCCUGUGCGAGCAGGACAUCAAUGAGUGCGAGUCGAAUCCCUGCCAAAAUGAAGGCAAGUGCCGGGAUCUGGUAGGCAGGUACGAGUGUGACUGCCAGGGCACCGGAUUCGAGGGCCUUCGCUGUGAGAACGACAUCGACGAGUGCAGCAUAGAAGGCGAAUACUGCGGCGGAUUGGGUCGAUGCUUCAACAAGCGCGGCUCCUUCCAGUGCAUCUGCCAGAAGCCCUAUUGCGGAGCCUACUGCAACUUCACGGAUCCCUGCAACGGCACGGAGAUCUGUGCCAACGGUGGUCGCUGUGUGGAGUCUUGCGGCGCCAAGCCGGACUACUAUUGCGAGUGUCCCGAAGGAUUCGCGGGAAAGAACUGCACGGCACCGAUCACGGCUAAGGAGGAUGGACCCUCGACGACGGAUAUCGCGAUUAUUGUUAUACCCGUUGUGGUGGUGCUGCUGCUCAUCGCGGGAGCCCUGCUGGGCACCUUCCUGGUGAUGGCCAGGAACAAGCGGGCCACCAGGGGCACCUACAGCCCCAGUGCCCAGGAGUACUGCAACCCGAGGCUGGAAAUGGACAACGUGCUGAAGCCACCGCCGGAAGAGCGACUCAUUUAGUUUUGAAGUUUUGAGCAUGAGCGACGAAUUAGCAAAGCAAACAAGAGAUAUUUUUAAAUCCGCCCAUAUACACCUAGAUGUAGGAGAAACGCAAUGUUUUGUACUAAGUUCGCCCCUAGUUACGGUCCAUAUCUUAAGGUGCUCAAAGCAAUAGCAGCAAGAGUAGCAGCAGCAGCAGCAGCCAGGCUUCCACCUCGACUCGCCCUCGAUCCCUCGAUUCCCUCUGCCUACGCUUUAGUUAGUUAAUAAUGCCGUUGUCUAUUUAUUCUAGUUAUUUAGAUGACAGACGUAUCGCCCUAUAGUCGUUAUGUAGUUACGUUCCGAUAGUUUAGAUUCAGUAUUCGAUUUCUCGUAUAUGUAAUCCUAAAGCUGCGAACAAAGUUGAGCUCUGACACCGAUUCCCCCAUUUACAUUCCGCACGGAAGCCCUUCAAAUGUAUUGUACGAGUAUUUUUGUAAAUAGAUUUGUUUGCCGUUUCUCAAACAAAAUUAGCUGAGCUAAAACCGUAAUCAAAAAAGAAAACUGAAAAUCCUAUAUGCCUAUAUAUACGCGAGUAUAUAUAUCAGUAAAUGUGGCCUUAUAACAAAAAAAUGAUUGUAACGAAAAGCAAUGACAACCAGAAUGAACAUGAGAAACUAUAUAUUAAGUAAAUCAAAUGAAAGACAUAUUUUGCUCUAGAAUUUCUAAGCGUAAACUUAAGAGACUGUACUAUAUAAUAAAUAUUAAAUAUUUCGACUUUUUUCCAA